AUAUUUUAAAUCUAAAAACCCCAUUCAAACUUCUAACAUUUACAUUCUAGCAUUGUUGAACAAGAAAUAAAAAAAAGAAGGAUUUGCAUUGAGAAAUGAAGAAAUCAUAGUUGAAGAAGAAGAAAAAACAAAUAUGAAUCCAUACGACGAAGAGAGGCUAAGAGACGAAGUGAUCUAUCUACAUUCUCUUUGGCACCAAGGUCCUCCUCAACAACCAAACCCUUAUCUUCCAUUUCCUUCUUCAUCCUCCUCACAACCUCUCCUCCAUCGCCAUCCAUUUGCACCCUCCCACACCAGAUCCCUCCUCCCCGUCCCUUCCACAGCCUUCAAGAAAAACCGGAAGAAGAAGAAAGGACCAAAACCCGAUUCACCGGCCUGGCCGUGCCUCCAUUCAUCAGACUCGCCUCAAACAGGUUGGCCGGAACCAAAACCCCGAUCGGAUCCUCCUCCUCUUAAACCGCAAGAGAAAGAGAGGUUUUCUGCGUUACAAGCACAGACCAAGGCUUGCAAAGCUUUCACGGAAUUUCUGAGAAGGUCCGGUUCCGAUGAUGAAGAAGAGGAUAAUGAUGAUGAUGACAGUGAUGCUAUGUUGGGAGAGUUUGAGGAGUUUUUCAUUAGGGUUUUCAUGGAAGAUAGUGAACUGAUGGUGUAUUACCAGAGGUGUUUUGAAAAUGGAGAGUUUUGCUGUUUGGUUUGCUGUGCCGCCAAGAAGAAAUCCUGGAAGAAGUAUAAGGAUUGUGUUGGUCUUGUUCAACAUUCCAUCUCAAUUUUGAGGACUGCUAAUAAAAAGGCUCAUAGGGCUUUUGGGCAGGCUGUGUGUAAGGUUUUGGGUUGGGAUAUUCAUCGCCUUCCAACCAUUGUCAUUACUGGGGAGCCUCUUCGGUGUUCAACUGAGGGUGAGCCUGAGAAAAGUGUUGCUGCUGAUGAUGAUGGAAAUGACGGUUCCCACAAAACAGAAGAAUAGCCGUGUCUUUGGAGCAUGUCGAGGAGCAUGUAAAAGGGGCUGAUGAGAGUACCGGUGAUUGUUCUUCCAAGGAAGGUGAUAUUGAUGCAAAAGUGGUGGAUAUUGGUUUGGAAAAUGAAGAAGGAGGAACCAAAUUUGAGUUGAAACAAUAUAGUCUUUCUCAAAUUAAAAAAAUGGGGUGAUAUUAACGAGAAAGAUGUGUCUUUGGCGCAUGAUGACGAACCAGUUGAGAACCAUGAACCAGGAGUUGAUCAGAGUAUUAUUAGCGAGGUUAUCAAUUUAUAAUAUCAGGUUUAACUUUCUAGGAAAAGGCGAAAACAAAAUAGCUGGACGAAGAAACUGUUGGCUAUUAGUGAUAUCUGAUUAACUUUUUCUUUUGAAAUCUUAGUACCCGACCUUGAUAUCUAAUUAACUUGUUUCACAAGUAACAAAAAUAUUUUGGAUUUCUUCUUCCCAUACUUUGUAAAAAUGAAUGCAGCUAACCACUCACUUGUAUACGUAUUUGAUGAUAGUUUCAACAUAAUAGAAGGAUUAACACCUAAUUCUGAA